GACAGAUGGCGAUGAUGACGCCGCGAUUAUUUUCAAACCUCCAGCUGAUGAUCACAUCGCUCUGCGAAGAAGACAGCGGCUCUUUGUUUGUUUACUUUAAAGAUGGAUGAUCAAUUACAUGUAUUUUCUAAAAGCACUGGCAAUCUAGUUUAAAACCAGACACUAGAAUGUAAAAUAGAAAAAGAAGAAAAAAAUAAAAACAGCAUGGAGGAAUCGUGGGACUUUGAAUUCUUGUCUCGUAUGGUUGACAGUCUGGUGUCCUUUCUGUCCGAAUUUGUGGAUGACUGGCUGGCCAACGACACGAGAGUUGCAGUGUUUAAGAUUCUGUUAAGCUGGCUCAUCAUCAGUCUCGUAGCCAUCCACUUUGCCUGGAAAAUGUACGGGAACACUGUCAACGACAUGUACUACAGACAGGGGACUGGAGGACAGAAUGGCGGGACUCCUGACACUGCGCCCAACAUGAGCGGAUGGGAAAGUGGAGUUGGUGAUGCCAUGAAAACCCACCGUGAGUGAUGUACGUGCAACUGGACUAUAAGAGCACAGACACAUAAGAUGGACAAAGGCAAUUACAUUCCUUCAAGAAGACUAAAUAAUCAUAACUUGUGCAACUGUAUUGGUUUUACUCAUGAAGAUGACUGCGAUGGACUGUGGUGCAAAACCCAGGGUCCAAACACAUGAAUAUAUAUGCUACGAUACCUGACAGAAUGGUGCUGUGCACUGGAGAGAGAGCUUUAAAGGAGCUUGCUGUGAUAAAUAGCAGCUCUGAAUGUUUGUAAUGCUUUAAUUUUUUUUUAAUUUAAUUCUGGAAGUUAGUAGAUAGCAAAACUUAAAACAUUCGCACACAGUACCAUUUGACCAAAAACUGACAAGAAUACUAGUCAAAAUGAAGGUUCCAAAUGUUCACAUAGUCAUCUGGUCUGUAUGUAGAAGUCAAACAUUUCAUUUCAGUGAUGAAAGAAAAUGGAUUUGACUGUAAGUGAUAAAAAGACAUUAAUUGUGCCUCUUACAGUUGUCCAAUAGGUUACUGCUGUUUUUUUUUCUUUUUUUGCAGUGCAAAUAAUAAAUACAAUUUGUAUCUGAUUGUG